AUGUUUCGAUUCUUUCGUUGGAAACACUUUGACUGCGUUGCGGAUGCGAGAACUCUAGUUGCAGCACUGACGGGCUGUGCUGCUUUGGCUGUUGAACAGAGAGGAAACUCCAGGAGAUGGUUGGAAAAGGGAGAAGAAAUCUAUCGGCAAGCACUGGAAAAGAACUGCUCCGACAACUCCUUCGUGCAGAAUGCGCUGAUUGAACUUUACGCGAGGUGCGGCUCCAUGGUGAAGGCUAGAAGUGUUUUUGAGAGGAUGAGAAGGCCUGAUGCGGUUUCAUGGACGAUUCUUCUGCAAGGUUACGUUGACAACAGCGAGAGUGCGCUCGCUCUGAGGCUUUUUGACGGUAUGAGUUCGACAAUCCCCAACGCUAGAACUUUCGUUGCUGCACCGACUGCUUGCACUUCGUUAGCAGCGAGCGCUGUGGGAAGCUGCAACUGGCUGAGAAGAGGAAAGUCGAUUCAUUCCCGGGCGGUGACAAGCAGCUGCUGCGACAACAUUUUCGUCCAGAACACGCUGGUGGAUAUGUAUGCCAAGCUUGGCGAAAUGCAGCAGGCCCGUGACGUCUUCGACAAGAUGAGCAGCCGCAGCGUGGUUUCCUGGACUGCUCUGAUGCAAGGAUACGUUGAUAACGGGAAGAGCGAAGUCGCACUGAAACUGUUCGAAGGCAUGGCCGAAGAAGCUGAAGCUCCUCCGGCUGCUAGAACUUUCGUCACUGCAAUCACAGCCUGCACUGCUUUGGCAGCCGAGCAGAAACGCUUGAAUCACUGGUUAGAGAAAGGCAAGCGGAUUCAUCUUCAGGCGGUGAGGAACAGAUGCUGGGACGUUUACGUGGAGACUGCAGUGGUGAAUCUCCUCGCCAAGUGCGGCAGUAUGGCGGAAGCUCAAGAAGUUUUUGACAAGAUGGUGAAGCGGAACGUUGUUUCAUGGACGUGCUUGGUACAGGGAUAUGUUGACAACGGGAAGAACAAACGAGCUCCGGAGGUGGUGUGUGAGAUGGAUCUGAACGGGGUGACAAUGAACUCUGCGACAUUUGUAGCUGCACUCACGGCCUGUGGGAGUUUGAUGGCUGCUGGUGAAAGAAAAGCGGAGCAAGAACAAUGGAUUUCACUUCAACACGCACCUUGA